CGGACCAGCAGCGAGCAGAAGAAGGGAAGCACGUGGACGAGUGAAAGGACAGGAGAAACUUUUCGUGGACAAAGUUAUAGAACACCACCAAGGAUGCCGGAGAAGCUUUGUGGGCUGUGCUUCCACCGCUUUGCCAACCUCAGGCAGCACCUCCGCACCACACACUUUGUGCCCAACAAGGAGGAGUUGGCGCUCCUGCUAAAGUGGGGCAGUGCCAGGACAACUUCCAAGCUCCAGUGCCCGAUCUGCAAAAAAAACAACGUGUGCCGGCUGGACAAGCACUUGCAGACCCAUCAUCACAUGCCCUCAGAUGACAAGAGGGCCCGGUUCGUGGCUAGAGCUAAGAGGACUGCUGUGGAGGAAGAGUUCAGGGAGCUCAGGCAGGCAAAUCCAACCCCUGAAAUGGUCUCCACACUGGGUCAGCUGGAGGAAGAGCAGGGGAGCGAGGAGUAUGCAUCCAGUGAGGAUGAAUCCAGUGAGCAUGAUGAGCCACAGCCCCGUCCUAGGGACCAGAUGGCUUCCACCCCUCAAACUUCACACACAUCCCUGCCAGAAAUCGACCUUGCCCCCAUCCCCUCCAUGACCCGCAAGUCAUCCUCCAGAGGAAUUGUGAGCGGUUCACCGGCACCCUCAUCCACCUCGUCUGGUGUGUCCUCCUGCCACUGCAGCCAGAUGUCCUGUACCCUUGAACAGUCACUCCUGGCCCGCAUCGACAAGUUGGAGAAGGCACUUGACCGCUUUGUGUUGAGGCAGCAGGAGGUCCUGGAACGUAGUUUAAAUCCAAGGCAUUGGACCCCCAGGAUAACAUCAGACCAGCUGUCACCAGCGAGGCGUCCCCGUAAAUCUUCUGGCAUCAGGCGGCUUGGGACAGAUGAGCAGCCUGUGGAUUUGUCACCCUCAGGUGACCCAGACCCGCCACCCGACCCCGAGCCGCAGCCGGACCCAGUCCGGCCGCCUGACCUAGAGCCGCUGCCAGACCCUGUCCUGCUGCCGGAACCAGUCCCUCCGCCGGACCCAGCCCCUCCGCCUGCCCCAGUCCCUCCGCCUGCCCCAGUCCCUCCGCCACCGGACCCGGAUCCCAUCCCGACGCCCUCAACAUCGGCUAGCCAGACAGUCAUUGAAGCCGCCGACCAGACGCCUGGCGAUGAAGAGGCUGCUGAGGUCUCACUUGUCAAAGGCGCGCCCAUUGGGAAAAGCACUUCGGACACUUGCAUGUACGAAAAGGCCAUAGAGGACUUUCGCCAAUAUAGAGUCGGGGCCAGGCGCAAACGCAAAGACAAGGAAAAUGCAAACACGGCCGCACGCCACUGCCACGUCUUUUGCACUUACAUGUUGGGCGAGAAGGCGUGCGACAGAGAUGCUUUGAAGGACCUACGGUUCCUGACCAAUAUUGAGAGAUUACGGAAAUACCCAGUCUACCUCACUAAUAAAGGCUACGCCCCAACGAGCAUCAGGAACAUGAUGAUAAAUGCGACAUUGUUGUACAGGCAUGUGGAGCAUUCUUUCCUAAAAAAGAGCCGGUUGAAAUCAUCUGACAUCAGCCGUAUUAUGUAUGAGCUGAAAAAGAUCAGGGCUGACGUGAACAGAGAUGUGUUGCUGAGGAGGCAGAAGGUGCGCAAGGAGAAGACGGACAGUCAGGUGCCAGCCUCCCAGGAAGAGAGAUUCCUCAGUGUUGCCAAGCGCCGUAUCCCAGAAUUGUUGGAAAACAUCGUGAGCGAGACGGUCAGCAACGGCAGUCAUACUCUGCUAAUGGGAUAUGCCAUGGGGUAUUUGUCGGUGCUGACGGGACACAGGUCCUCAAUCUUUACCUCAAUGCGGGUCCAGCAUGUCUUCAACGCAGACUCCUGGGAGGAGGGCCAAAAAUGGCAGAUCCUGAUUGAAGAGCACAAAACAGCCAAGACAUUCGGUCAUGCUUCCAUUGCACUGGUGGCCGAGGAAUACAAGUGGAUGAAGUUGCUGGCUGGGGGUGUUUGCUGCCCAGACGGGCCCAAAUCUCCAUUUGUGUUUCACACCGUCCUUGGUGGCAUGAUACACAAGCCAAAUUUGAUGCUUGCAUCUGCCUGGCGAGAUGCGGGCUGCUCUGGUCCUGUCAACUUUACUUUGAUCAGAAGCAGUAUAGCAACUCAGGCUGACACUCACCUCACCGAGACUGGCAGGAAAAAGGUGGCAUCAUCAAUGGGCCAUGAUGCGCAAACGGCCUCAAAAUUCUACGUUUCCUUGCCACGACGAGAUAGGGCCUACCGUGCACGGGAGCUCCGCAUGUCUGCCUUGGACAAGGAACUACGGCAAAGCGGGUCCAGUGCGGGAAGCCCCUCCACCUGGGAUAGCCCCUCCAGCUCGUCCACCUCCGUGUCGGUUCGCGGCAGGUCCAGGCCGUACGACAGCCCCUCCAGCGCGUCCACCUCCAUCUCUGUUCGCGGCAGGUCCAGGCGGGGCUUCAGCCCCUCCAGCGCGUCCACCUCCAUCUCGGCUAGCGGCAGGUCCAGGCCGGGCGGCAGCCCCUCCAGCUCAAGCGCAACAUCCACCUGCGGUCCAGGUGAGAUCUCUUCUGAUGAGGGGGAUAUGGUCAUCGACCUUUCCCCCCCUUCAGUUAAUCCCUCCCUGGCAGAUUUUGACCUCAGAAAGAAGAAUUGCAGCACUCCUCGGAUCACGUUGCCCAUCUUCACCCAGAGCACUGACCACAGCUCCCCAGAACUCCAACUAGACCUGAGCGACUCGGACUCAAUCCAGUCACGUUUGCCUGGGACACAUCAACGCGUGAUGGGUAAAAGGGUACGGAAGGCCCUGUUCAUCCGGACGGCUCCUCCCUCUCCCUCCGCAAAGCGUAAAUCCACGAUGGAUGCUGGAUUUCGCGCUGCCAAGCGGCUGCUUGGCCAUGCCUAUUUGAUUAGUAGCCCUCCAAAGAAAAAACAGGCUGUGUGCUCGUCAGGGUAUAACUCUGAUCCAGGUUUAGGGCCGAUCUCAAAGGUCGUCAGCCCUCUUGUGAAGAACACUCAGACCCCAAAACGUCAGCCUUUUGAGAAGGUCCACAGUCCAACUGUUGUGCCAGAGACACAGGAUCUAGAGUCCCCACGUUAAAAAAAAAGCACUUUAAAAAGUUCCAAAAAACAGUUCACGUAGGGGCUAGGCCCCAGUGUCAUUGGCCAGUGAGGCCAUUUUUGUUUAAAAAAAGUAACUCUUAAAGAAUUUUAAGUUGUUUGUGCCUAAGGCAAAGAGUGAAGAAAGUAAUGGCUGAAUGACGGGCUAGGCCCCAAUGUUCACUUGCUGCAGAAUAAAAAUGGCAGUUUUUUAUGCCAAU